GAAUAUUUGGAUGGGAUUAAGAAAUUUUACCUAGCCACUGUGGAAUCCCUUGAUUUCAAAAAUGCUCCAGAAGAAAGUCGAAAGAAGAUUAAUUCCUGGGUGGAAAGCCAAACAAAUGAAAAAAUCAAGGACCUAUUUCCUAGUGGCAGUAUUAACCAAACCACCAGACUGGUUCUGGUGAAUGCAGUCUACUUCAAAGGGCGGUGGGAUAAGGAAUUUAAAAAGGAAUUGACCACAGAAGCAAAGUUCUGGCAGAAUAAGAAUGUGAGCAAAUCUGUGCAGAUGAUGGCCAAAAGCGGGCAUUUUAAUUUUGCCUUCCUGGAGGAUGUGCAGGCCAAGAUCCUGGAAAUACCAUACAAAGGCAAUGACCUGAGCAUGGUCCUGCUGCUGCCCAAUGAAGCAGAUGGCCUGCAGGAGCUUGAAGACAAACUCACUGCUGAGAAGUUAAUGGAGUGGACCAGCCCAGGGAGCAUGGAGAUGACUAAAGUCAAUGUGUGCCUCCCUCGAUUCAAAGUGGAAGAGACCUACGACCUCGUGACCAUAUUGAGAGCCAUGGGGAUGGAGGACGUCUUCUGUCCAAAAAAGGCUGACCUCUCGGGCAUGACAGGGACACAGGGCCUUUCGGUGUCCAAAGUUGUGCACAAGUCCUUUGUGGAAGUGAAUGAAGAGGGCACGGAGGCUGCGGCCGCCACUGGCGUAGUAGUUGAAGUAACGUCCUCCCCAAUGCCCCCUGUUAGUUUCUAUUGUGACCACCCCUUCCUGUUCUUCAUCAAGCAAAAGAAGACCGACAGCAUCCUCUUCUUUGGCAGAGUCUCUUCCCCUUAAGUAGGAUGCCUCUGUCUCUCUUAUGAGGACCAGUCACAGAGCAAAAAGUAAACUGAGGCUGGAAAUAACACGUCCUUUGUAUAUUCAUUUUCUUUUCAGCCUCAGAGUCCCCACUAAGAAUGCGAUGGUUGUAGGAGCCUCUCUUUUCUCUCUUUCUGCACACACAUAUGAACCAGUUUUCUUCUUCUUUUUUUUUUUUCUUAUAAAAAUUUCCUUGGAGAACAAAACGUUCAAUGUGAAGAUUAAAACAAUCCAUACCUCAUCUUCUAAAUUGGACACGAUUGCUUCUGUCCUGUUUUGGAUGAACCAAAGCAAAUCACAUUCUCUUCAAACUCAUCAACCUAGACACCCACUUUUCCUUCAAUUGAGGUGAUAUCUGGGACCCUUCUUAUAUUUCUAAAUUCUGUGAUUCUAUUAAAUCAAUUAGCAAUAAA